AAAUAAUCAAACUUUUCAAAAAAUAUAUACAUAUAAAAAAAACUACCAGUUAAAGUUCAAGUUUGAUGCAGGUGUUUAUGGUCAACUGUUGCUGUUGCAGCUAAAAGCUGGAAGCCGAGGAAAUCCAGUGCAUAUGCUGCACCUGACCGGAGACAAGUCCUGGCAUUCCGUGGAGGCAAUGUAAGCAUUCCGGGACAAGACGUCGACGGCAGCACAUUAAGGAGGACCAACUUGAAAUUACCAUAAAGACCGCAGGGGACGAGGAGUGCGGGGCAGCGGCAGGAGGGAAGAGGGCAGAGGGCAGAGGGCAGAGGGUAGAGGGCAGAUCGGGGUGACGAGGGGAGAGCGGUUUGAAAUGCGGUCGCUUAACAAGUCGGCGGCGGAGGAGGAGUUGGCUGGCCUCAAUGGCAACUCCAGCGACUCCAUCUAUACCAUCAAGAGCAAGUGGAUCACCGACUGGAGCCUCAGAAGGGAGCGUGAAAAGCUGUGCAGUGUCAUUUUCAAGCGGGUCCUGACCCACACGGAGUGUAAACGACUCCUGGAGGCGGCGAAGAUCUACGGCGAGAGUAGUGACUUCAGUUCGUGGUCGGUGAACGAUCAGCUGCAAUGGUACCGCACCUUCGAUGUCAACAACACGAACCUUCUGUUGGGCCUGAGGAAUCAUUCCUCGGAGGGCGGUGGUUCCACCAUGUCGGAGUCCAAUUCCGGUUCGGAAAUCCUCGGUCCGGUUCUGCCGCCCUUCGCCUUGUGGCAGACCAUCCUGAUCGCCAUUUGUCUGGCCAUCUGCAUCAUUCUGACUGUGGGCGGCAAUAUCCUGGUGCUUCUAGCUUUCAUCGUGGACAGGAAUAUCCGGCAGCCAAGUAAUUACUUCAUCGCCUCGCUGGCAGCCACGGAUAUGCUGAUAGGAACCGUUUCGAUGCCUUUCUACACGAUAUAUGUGCUCAAAGGCUACUGGGACCUAGGUCCGAUGCUGUGUGAUUUGUGGCUCUCGGUGGAUUACACGGUCUGCCUGGUGUCCCAAUACACGGUGCUGUUGAUCACCAUAGAUCGCUAUUGUUCGGUGAAGAUCGCGGCCAAGUACCGGAGUUGGAGAACGCGAACGCGGGUGAUCUACAUGGUGACGAUCACUUGGAUCAUACCCGCCCUGCUCUUCUUCAUCUCGAUCUUUGGAUGGGAGCACUUCACCGGGAAGAGGGAUCUUUUACCCGGUCAGUGUGCCGUGCAGUUUCUAAAGGAUCCGAUCUUCAAUACUGCCCUGAUCAUUGGCUACUACUGGACCACGCUGAUCGUGCUGUUUGUGCUUUAUGCCGGGAUCUACAAAACUGCCUACGAUAUGCAGAAGCGCAGUGAGGCCAAGCAGCGGAAAAUGCAGUCCAUGGUGGCCUUGAGUGCCGGGGCCAUGUCCGGGAUGGCAGGACAUGCGGCCGGCAUUGGGGUGAUCGAGGAGAAGAUCCUGAAGACCAAGGUGGAACUGGCGGGGGAUCAAACCGACUUGGACAGUGCCUGCACCACCGUGAUCAAGAGGUUGAGUGGUUCAGGUCAGGCCAAUCCCCUGGCCACGGCCACGGAGGAAGUGGAGAAGAUGACACCGGAGCAGCGGAGAGCCUCGGCGGCGAAGAUCCAGGAGGAGGCGAAAAAGCGAGAGGCAGCCGUGGAUGCGGAGAAGAGCGAGAGAUCGAGCAGUCCGGCCUUCGACUCCGACGAGGAGUCCUCCGUCAACCAGGCCCAGCAGCUGAUCACCCAGCAGAAGUUGAACAACAUGCGGAAGCGAUCGUCGAUCGGUCUGGUCUUCGGGGCACAGGCCGCCUUGCUGGCCACACGGGGCAAAGGUAACUUGCAGAAGAGCACCACCAACUCCAAGUCCAUCGAGGCCAUGCACCAGUACCACCACCACCAACAGCACCACCACCACAACCAGAGUCCGUUGCAGCGGGCGCAGAGCAAGGAAGAGGUGCGCUCCCUGCACCACCAGAAUCAGAACCAGAAUCAGAGCCAUCAGUACCAGCACCACCACCAGAACCAGUCGAACCCACCGCUGGACAGGCCCAAGCGCACCUCCUGCUCCACCCUCUCCCAGAUUGCCGAGCAUGAUCGUUUGGUUGACCUGUCGGCCCCACCACCACCACCACCUCACCGCAACACCAGUGAUCCCCUGUCCCCCGUGGACCUGGCCCCCAUCGAGGUGCCCAGCGAGGAAGUGCACCAGGGUCUGGUGCAGACCAUCUUGCCACCCCCUGACGCCUUUCAGUGCCCCACCCCGCUGUCCGAGGACUACUCGGAUCGUCCCUUUGGCAACAGUUCGGGCAACAGCGAACUGGCCCUGACCUAUGACCUGAUGACCAACUCGGAGCUACGGUAUAUGGAUGAGAGCUCCGCCAUGAUGGCCACCAUCACCUCCCCGAACGACAGUGUCCAGGGGAAACCACCACCACCACCAGUCCUGCCUCCACCACCGCCCGCACGCAGAAAUCCACCAAAACCGAACCUCAAUCAAAGCUUGAGCCAAACCCCCACCAGCCAAAGCCAAAGCCAAAGCCAGAGUCCCAGUCAAAGCUUGAGCCUCAACCUGAAUCCGAAUCACAACCAGAGUCAGAGUCAAAGUCAGAGUCUCGAGGAGGCGGUGGCCAUUGAAAAACGUCUUCUCGUAUCGUACACAGGCAUCGAGGACUUUGCCAAGGUGAGGCGGGAGAGCUGCAUCGAGGCCAUCUGCCUGCUGGAUGUGCCCGGGAAGCUGACGGCCGACUGUCCCCACCGGAGGGCCUCCAGUCCCAUGGAGACGAGCAGCAAGGACGCCAUACUCUACUCCCCGAUGCCACCCAUGCCGAUGCCCCUGUCACCCAAGGUCAAGACCCAAACGCCGCAGACGGGAACACCACAGUCGGCGACGGCACCACCACCACAGAUGGUCCUCGAAAGGAUUGAGGAGCGGGAGGCCUCGGAUAGCAAUACCAACAAGAUGCCCUCCACCUCGGGCACCACCAGCAGUACGGGUGGAGGGGGUGGAGGAGGUGGUGAGGAGACCAAGAAGGACACCGAGGAGCAGGACGCAACCAGAGAGGAGAAGGGUCUGGCCGCCAGUCGAAACUCCAGCAAGCGGGCCUUCAUCCACUCGAUAGGCAAGCACUUCAAGAGCAAGAAGGCCCUGCCCCUGAUCCUUGGAGUCGGUGGCAGGCAGAAGUCCAAGUCCGAGAAUCGUGCCCGCAAAGCGUUCCGCACGAUCUCGUUCAUUUUGGGUUGCUUCGUGGCCUGCUGGACACCCUACCAUGUGCUGGCCCUGGUCGAGGGAUUCUGCCGGCAUCCGCCGUGCAUCAAUGAGCACCUGUACAUGUUCUCGUACUUCCUCUGCUAUGCCAAUAGCCCCAUGAAUCCAUUCUGCUAUGCUUUGGCCAAUCAGCAGUUCAAGAAGACCUUUACGCGCAUCCUCAAGGGGGAUCUGCACAUGACCUAAGGUGGUUGGAGAUCUAGAAGUGGUUUAGUUGGUUAGUUGAUUAGUUGGUGGUUGAGUCGAAGCUCCUCUGGACUUCUCUUUGGCAUUGCACUUUCCACACAAGGACCAGGCACUUGUGAGCCCCGAGAGCCUGGCGCCUUCAAAAGUCCCAAAAAAGAAACCCAAACCCAUAUCCUCCCUAGGCCCUUAAGUUUUCUAUAUACAUAUAUAUAUAAACCCCAACCAAAGUGCUCCGCCAAAGGGAUUAACCCGAGGAUCUCAGCCACCGAACACUUAUUAAAUUCAAAAUUUAAUCUGUGCGAGAGCAAGAGUUAUUUGUAAGUAGCCAAAGGUGUGUGCAAUAGUUAGAAUCGUUUGGGGGGGAAAAACUAUAUAGUUUGGGAUGCAUCUAGGUCUAGAGUGGCACUAAGCGGGGCGAAAUGUUUUAGACAAUAAAUAUUUUAAUGUUAAUAACCAAUCUAUGAUAACCAGGCAAAAUAUAUGAUAUGAUAGUGAAUAAUAUACCAUAAAAUAGAGUAAGCAUAAGAAUAUACACAUUACACGAGACUAAAAUCCCCGAAACCAUAACACUCAUACAUAUCCCAAAAUAGAGAAGUGCUUGUUUUGUUGUUCCGCAGAGUAUAUCAAGAGUAAUCGGACAUAUGAAUGGAUUAGCCAAUAGAAAAAUAAUGAAAAGAACUGGAACUUGGAACUCCUUGAAUGGUAACACUUCGUCGGAAACUAUCAAAAAGUACCUAAUUUUGUUUAAGAGCAUCUUAAGACAUUUUUACUUUGCCAGUUUUUUUGGUAGUUAAUAGAAUUUAGAAUAUUGCAAAAAACAAACACUGUGUUCAACUGUUUCGACGAACUGUUGCCGUCUUGGGGUUAACCAGUUCCAUGUCAAUCCUGCAGCAGAUAUACGAUUUUAAAAAUGCAAGAAUCCCAGCAAACAUACCCACGUAAUUGUCCAUGGAUAAUAUAUGCCAGACAAGUUCAACAGUUUUGUGUGAAUAUUCAUGAGUAUAGAGCAUACAGAAAUACAUACAAUAUAGCUACAUAGAUGUCAAUUUUUGC